AUGGCAGUCCUACGGGAGAUUUAUGAUAGGCGACACGCUGCUGCGCGAGAGGCUGCUGAAGCAGCUGCACGAGAGGCGGCUGCGCGAGAGGAGGCAGCGCGAAAGGAGGCUGCACGAGAGGAGGCUGCGCGAAAGGCUGCUGCGCGACAGGCGGCUGCGAAAGAGGCUGCUGCUGCCCGAGCGGUAGCUGAGCGAAUAGAAGCUGAGUCCAUGGCAGUCCUACGGGAGAUUUAUGAUAGGCGAAACGCUGCUGCGCGAGAGGCUGCUGAACACAAGGCAGCUGCGCGAGAGGCGGCUGCGCGAGAGGAAGCUGAGGUGCGUCAUGCGGCUGCGCGAAAGGAAGCUGAGGCGCGUGAAGCUGCUGCGACUCGUGAGGCUGCUGCGGCUGCGGCUCGAGAAGCUGCGCCUACAAUGGUACAGAAGCCUGAUGAACACUUGAAGCCUGCCAAGUAUGAGAAGAGGGAAAAGGAUGAGGCGGCCGCUGCGUGUGAAGAGGUAGUCAGCAUAAAGAAAAGGGUAUGGAAAAGGAAAAAGGCAAGCAGACAGAAAAAAGUAAGCAAGAAAAAUGUUAAGUGUCACCUUUCUAAAUACGAGCAAGAGCCUGAAGAGGUGCAGCGAGAGCCAGAGGUUCUGUACAAACUAGAGGUGCAAAAAGAGCCAGAGGUUUGUGAUGAGAUAAAGUCAAAAGAAGAGUCUGAGGCUCGCAACGAGCUGGAAGAGAAAGGAGAGCCUAUAACGCAGCUCGUGGCGAAAGAAAUUCCAAAGUUUCGAGACAAGCCUGCCGAACGAGAGAAGCCUGAGGCGCUAGAGGAGCUAAAUACAAGAAAGACGAUCAACGACCCUAGUGUACUUCUGUGUAGCAAAAGUGCAGCUGUUGUGCUGCAAGAUGUUCCGGAAGGGACACCUGAAAUGCUGCAAAAACCAGCAAACGGCGACCAGUUUGUGGCGUUCAAAGAUUCUGUGCAGAUCAAAGAGCCCGUGAUAUUUGACAAAGCCAAUGUCUUCAACGAGUUUCUUCAAUCCGACGAACCUGUUUCUUCCAGAGUGUCACCUGAUGCGUCCAACAAAUCUGAGGUGUUCGACGAACCUGGCUCACCAGUGAGCGAAAAUCCCGAAGUGAGUGACGAAAUCAAAUUAUAUGAACAUUCCCGAAUUGACAAACAAAAGUCUGCAGAGCUUAACAAAAUACCUGCAUCUGUUCUUGAUGUAAUUGGUGAGGCUUAA